AUGCCGCGCAAUCCAGUCAUAAAAGCGGGGAGCUCCUCCAAAAAGCGGCGGCUUAGCAAGGUGAUCACUUUGGAGGAUGAUGAGGAUGAGGAUGAGAUGAGGACGAGUGAGGUUGAAGUUGUGGAGGAAGAAGAUAGGGAUUUCAACAUGUAG